UUGAGAAUUAUUCUAUGUUCCCAUAAUCCUCUUUUUAGGCACGCUCUUGGCAACGUUCUCGGUGCCCUUGGAAGCAAAGAAUCGUUAAAAAUUGCUCGUGAAAUACUUUUUGAACAGGGCCCCAACUUUAUUGAUGAUUACUUAUUUGGAGCUGCUCAAGCUAUCACAUAUGAUGAAAAAUGGCAUAAGCAAAUGAUGGUGAGUAACGUUUAG